GGGGGGGGGGGGGGGGGGGGGGGGGCGGGGCGCUGGUGACGUCACCGGGCCUCCGUUGUAAAUAAUGGCGAGGUCGUGAGGAGCGCGGCGGCGGCGGCAGCAGGGGAGGAGGAAGAGCAAAAUAAAGAUGGAGCUGAGAGUUGGAAACAAAUACAGGCUGGGCAGGAAGAUUGGCAGCGGCUCUUUCGGGGACAUUUACCUGGGUGCAAACAUAGCUACUGGAGAAGAAGUUGCGAUAAAGUUGGAAUGUGUCAAAACGAAACACCCACAGCUCCACAUUGAAAGCAAGUUUUACAAAAUGAUGCAAGGAGGAGUUGGGAUCCCGUCCAUUAAAUGGUGCGGCGCGGAAGGCGAUUACAACGUGAUGGUGAUGGAGCUGCUCGGGCCCAGUCUCGAAGACCUCUUCAACUUCUGCUCGCGCAAGUUCAGCCUAAAGACCGUGUUGCUCCUGGCGGACCAGAUGAUCAGUCGAAUUGAGUACAUUCAUUCCAAAAACUUCAUCCACCGUGAUGUUAAACCAGACAACUUCCUCAUGGGCUUGGGCAAGAAGGGGAAUCUGGUUUACAUCAUCGACUUUGGCCUGGCCAAGAAAUAUCGCGACGCGCGGACUCACCAGCACAUCCCAUAUCGGGAAAACAAAAACCUGACUGGUACGGCGCGGUACGCCUCCAUCAACACCCAUCUGGGCAUCGAACAAAGUCGCCGUGAUGACCUGGAGUCACUGGGUUACGUCCUGAUGUAUUUUAACUUGGGCUCGUUGCCAUGGCAGGGACUGAAAGCGGCCACUAAACGGCAGAAGUACGAGCGCAUCAGUGAGAAAAAGAUGUCAACUCCCAUCGAAGUGUUGUGCAAGAGCUACCCGUCUGAGUUUUCUACCUACCUGAACUUCUGUCGCUCCUUGCGUUUUGAUGACAAGCCUGACUAUUCGUACCUACGCCAGCUUUUCAGGAACCUUUUCCACCGGCAGGGCUUCUCGUACGACUACGUCUUUGAUUGGAACAUGCUGAAGUUUGGUGCGGGUCGUACCCCAGAGGAGAGCGAGCGUGAACGCAGAGACCACGAGCGUGAAGAGCGGGUGGUGCAGACGCGCAGUUCUGCGACGCGAGUUCUACCGCCCAGCACGGGAGCCGGCGCCGUGGGCAGCCGGUUACGGAACGGUCAAGAUGCCACGCUCCCCACUCAGGCCGCCCGUGUCCAGCAGUCUGCAAACACCUCGCCAAGGCCCAUCUCUCGAGCGGAGAGGGAGCGCAAGGUCAGCAUGAGGCUGCACAGAGGGGCUCCAGCCAACGUCUCGUCCUCCGAUCUUACAGCGCGGCAAGAUGCGUCCCGUAUUUCUGCAUCACAGACCAGUAUGCCCUUUGAACAUCUGACAAAGUGACUAAUGUCGUUGGAACAGCAGGUGAGAUUUGAUUCCUUCGCUGACGUGAGCCAACGAUCGGGACGUUCUUUCCGCCAUUGACCACUGCGAACAGGCUUUCGGGGAGGAUAUUGGAACAGGGCUCGCUACGGCCUGCUAUUUUAUUUGUGUGUGAAUUAGGAAACGCGGGACCUCCAGUUUCAGUCUGAACAUACUUGCAAUGAUCUUGUCAAUCACCUCAGAUUUAUUAUAUGCAUUUCUUUUUUUUCCCCUCCUGUCUGUUUGGAGUUUUCUUUUUACCCGGAAGAAACCCCCCUUUCCCCUAACCCCCCCCCCCCCCCUCCAAUACUCCCCUCUGAAUUUCACCCUCACUGCCCCCUCCCCUUUCCAGCCCUACAAGAAGGAAGUUGUGCCUCCUGCCUUCAAGUAGUCAAGGACUUGCUCCUCUUCCGAACGGCGGCCAGCUGCAAUUGUCCCGUCUUCUCAGCCUUUUGCCACCCACCCGCCGACUUGUGGGAGGGUUGGGUUGGCUUUUCCAAACGAUCAUUUAAAGAUGGGAGGUGAGAGGAAAAGAGGGAAAACGCUGAAAUACUGAGAUUGGGAGGGAAAAACGAUGUGUAGUAAUCCUGAUUCAGCAAUGCCAAACUUGGCCACUGAUAUUUUCUUUUAAAACAUACACUGGCAUCCUCUCAGCGACUGAGUUUAAGUAGUUAGAUCUAGCACCCGAUGCUACCGUAGACUUUGCGCGGUGUGGUAUAAGUAGAAUUGGGAACGCCUCCUUCAUUUUUAAGUCACAUUUGUAGGUCCCUGUACAUAAGGCAUUUUCUUUAACAUCCUCCACCCAGAUUGAACCUUCACUCUGAAUAAUAUUCACUCUGUGUCUCUUUCCUUGUAAGUAUUGAAAGUUAAUUUUUUUUAAUCUGUAUCCAGGGUGAUAAGACUUAAUAUUUUUAAAAGUAUAUAUAAAAUCGGUUAUGAUUUUUAAUAGCAGCACUACUGUUGCAAAAAUGGGAACGGCGAAAAUCCUUUCCCAGCAAAUGCCCAUUUAACAAGGGUUUGUCAAAUCAGAACAGCUUUGUCCUCUUUGGUGUCAACUAUAUCUUGUACAUGUGUGUUGACAAAACCAGUGACUUGGAACUGCAUUGGCUGCUAACUUCUGAAGAAUGUAUGUAUUUAUUUUUUAAAGUCUUUUUUAUAGUGUUCUGUUGUCUUUUCUUCAAGAAAGGAUCAGAAAAUGCAGAGGGGAGUGAGGGACGUAAGGUUUUCUAAUCCAGGUAUAAAAUGUCAGUGCCAUCUUUCCCCUUUUUAAGCCCCUAAUUUUAAUCGCUCCCCUCUUUUUCUCUUCCUGCCCAUGCCAGCGAUUUAUUGGUCAAGGCAGUUUGACCAAAACUGUUCAUCGAGGAGUCGUUAUUAGAAAGAGAAUCGGCCUGGUUUUGAUUUUUGUACAUGGCUACGAUCAUUUUCUUCCCCCUUAAAUACGCCGAAUCAACGUUGACAUUGGGUGAACCUGAGCUCAAGGCAACGAUGGUAGAUCAUUGGGUAGAUCUGAAGAGCAAGUGAGUGGUGAGGAAAAACAGGAGAGGAGAAGAAGUUGUUCAAACGAGAUAUCUGGGCUCUCUUGUCCCGCCAGCACUCCAGCUUACUUGAACAUCGAGCCCCAUCCAGAGCUGGCCAGAUGUGGUGUAUGUCGUUAGUUGCCCGAAUGCCCCAUGCAUACAAGGGCUCCACUCAGCCAACGUGUCGGAAAGAAACCAACCGCAGUGCAAAUUGUCGGCACAGAAUUUGCUGGUGAAAAGUUGCACAUUCAAUGCUGCCUGCUUGAGUCUCACUCGGCUCUUCCAUGUUUUUGUUGCCAAAUGAAUAUAUUAAUGGCUCACUCCUGGAUUGUUGUGCCUUUUCUUCCCCCCACUCCCCUCUUUUUUUUUUUUUUUUUUAAAAGGCUAGUCGGCAGUAGAUACUCCCUUUCUUGUUAAACUGCCCCCCCGCUUGUCAGUGGUGUUUGGAAGCACAAACUAGCUGACACUGUCCUUUUUUUUUUUUUAAACAGUUUCCCAAAUAGUACUACUGUGUAAAUAUGAAGACUGGCUUGGAGCAGAGGAGAAGGGGUGUAAGUGCAGUAAUGUGCAGGGAAAAGAAAGCAAAGAAACUUGCCAAAAUGCCCCAAAAAUAAGCCCCCUUGUCGAUGCGGGAAGAGACUUUGUCUACAAGAUUUUUUUUUUUAAAUUAAAUCGGAAGGGAGCCCAUGGUUUAAUUGCUAGCCUUGGCACACUGAUUUUUUUUUUUUUUAAAGCAGUCAUUCACGAAAAAAAAAGUUCCAGUCCAUGUGCAAAUGUGUCAAUAACCACUGUGUGUGCGCGUGUGUGUGUAUUUUCUAAAAAGUGUUUUGUGAAAUUCCCGUGAAUUUGGCUACCAGAAACGAGAGGUGAUCUAUCUCUGACCAGCUGAGGAUCACGUGGGCACAACCUGGCUGCAGUCCCUCGAUCUCAGGCACCUCAUCAUUAGAUUCUGGGCACAGAGGGGUUCAAUCGAAUCUAGAGAAAUCUGCGGUGACCAGCCUCCUGUGGACGAUGUGGGCUAGCCAGCAUUCUGAUAUUUCCUUCCCCCGCCCUCCCUCAAAUAUCACUCCCAAGUCACUGCUCAACUGCAGACCUUCAGACGCUAGGAGUUGUCGACAGUCAAAUGCAGCAAAAUAAAAUACAACUACUGUGUGCAGUCUGAACGCACGCACACUUAAAAUUACAAAAGCAACUUUGGUGAUUCUGACAGAAAAUGCAAAAAGUGACCUCUUUGAUGGAUUCUAUAUCCAUCCCAGUAGAGUUCAUCAAAAUUUAGCAGGGUCUUAUUUUAUACCACUAACACGUUUUAAAGCAAUCUAUGCUAAGCAAAAAAAUUCCGUAGGAUCGCAACAUUUUUGGUUACAGGUUGAAUUUUUUUUUUUUUUUUUUCAAUUGUCCCGCCUGUUCUGCAAACUCGCAGAGGUAUCUCAACACCAAAGCAAUUUGGCGUUUGCCAAACCAGGGUCUAGGGGCGUGCGUUAGACUGGCAGGCUGUAUCCACAAAUGGUCCUCAGGGAAAACAUAAAGAAGGCAGAAUUUGGACAGGUUUAGGUGGGGGGGGGGGGGGGGGGGGAGGAAGCAAGUUUGAUUCUAGAAGCUUGCAAAAUUCGAAGGAGAAGAAUUAGUCCCUAAAUAAAUUUAUCUCAAAACAAAAUCUUACCUGUUAUUUGGCAGCCAAUGGCCUCCUCUUCUCAAAUAUGUAAUAAAAUUGCAUUUCCUUCUGUACUGUAAACUUGAAUGUCACUUUUUUAGAUUAAAUGUGCACCGAUUCUUAACGGCCCCCUCGAAUAUUUAGUUUUUUUAUAUUUAAGGCGCAUUAAGUUAUUUCCCGGUCUAUUUUUUUAACAUUGGUAUUUCAUAAACUUUUUUUUGUAUUUGUGUAAAUAGUGAGUUUUUUGAUUGUUAAGUGAAAACUAUUGCUUCUUAGUACUGAUGUUGAACGGUGUAACAUAGGUUUGAUUUGUGCAAAAAGCUGGGGGAGGGGGGUGGUUGGCUGGGGGGGGAUAAGUCCACCUUUUCGUGACGCGAUUCUGUCUCUAGUUCCUUGGUGUUCUUCUGAACUUGGUCCCUGCAGGAGUUGUGUUGACUCCAACCAAAAUUCAAGGGAUAUCCUCCUCUGGUUGUCUGGCUAAAAUAAAUGUUUUGUUUUCAUUUUUGUACCACUUCUUUUUCUUUUUUUUUGCGUGACAAAGAUCGGGGUCCAAAUUAAACAACUUUGCAUUAACUCGGAGCUGGAGUUGCAAAGUUCUGCUUUCAACCAGACAUUAAUCGCUUGUCCUUGGAGGAACACCAGUCCCUGUGCUCUAGUAUUUUCCGAAAUCCUGAAGAUUAAAGUUGCGUUGAAAUCCGGAUCCUUUUUUUUGUUUGCAAGGCAUCGUGUGUUUUAGUUUGCGUUGUUGAAGAUUGGCACCAGGCAUGCGGCCUGUAUUGGUCCAAGUAAGAGGAGUAAUGACAAAACAAAUCCAUGUUGUAUAUUGUACUUCAAACCGUUUUCUGAAUGUGUGUGUGUGCGUGUGUACGUGUAUGUAUUUUGGCUACUGGCAAGACUUUAAGGGAAUUAACGAUUAGUGGCUUCAAGACUUCUGGCUUGGUUCAUUUUGUAAUCACUCCCAAAUUUUAGCCUGUGCACAGCAUGUGUUUGUCUUGCCUGACCUGGAUUUUAUUUUCAGAAGUGACACAGCCUGACUAGUUAGGGGCCAUGCAAGACUAGAAUACCUGUUUGCGAUUUUAAAACGGAGGAAAACACCUUUUUAUUGGUAAUGCAGAUAUAACUUUGCUCUUUGAGGGGAGUGCACUGAUUUUUAAGCUCUGGGUCUAAUGCCUGCAAUAAAGCAACAAAUGGAAGUGUCCUGUAACUAUGUUAGUUUGACCAUUUAGUGUUCCUGGCAGUGAUUUUGUUGGCUUUUCUGUGGGGUGGGUUGAGUCUAUCCUGUCUUGGGGAAAACCUCAAAAUGUGAACUUUGCUGAAAUGUAAAAUGGUUUGAACUGCCCCCUUGCCCAACCGCCCCUUUUUAAAAAAAAAAAAAGAAAGUGCUCUCUGACCUUCUGUCUCGAUGUCUAAUGUACAGUUCUUUAUUCCUGAUUCUAUUUAACGUUAUUUACAAUGCAAUUUAAUAUGGAUGUUAUUUGUGUACAUUUUAAAACUUAUAAAUAAAAGGGAGAGGAGAAAACUAA